CCGGCCGCAGCAUGCAAAAGAACGCCUCUCCGAGCGGCUUCCUGCCCCGCUUCCAGCACUUUGCCACGCAGGCCAUCCACGCGGCACAGGAUCCCGAGCAAUGGAAUUCUCGCCCCGUGGUGAUGCCCAUCUCUCUGGCCACCACUUUCAAGCAGGCCUCGCCGGGCCAAUCCUCGGGUUUUGUAUAUGGCCGCUCUGGAAAUCCCACAAGGAACUGCUUGGAAAAAGUAGUGGCUGUUCUGGACGGGGCAAAACACAGUUUGGCCUUUGCUUCGGGGCUAGCUGCCACCAUGACGAUUAUCCACCUGUUAAAAGCUGGAGAUGAAGUCAUUUGUAUAGAUGAAGUGUAUGGAGGCACCAACAGAUACUUCAGAAGGGUGGCAUCAGAAUUUGGGCUGAAGAUUUCUUUUGUGGAGUGUUCCAAUACCAAAUUGCUAGAGGAAGCUAUCACACCACAAACCAAGCUUGUUUGGAUUGAAACACCUACAAACCCAACCUUGAAGAUGACUGACAUCGAAGCCUGUGCACGCAUUGUCCAUAAGCGUGGAGACAUCAUUUUGGUUGUAGACAACACUUUCAUGUCUCCAUAUUUCCAGCGACCCUUGGCUCUGGGUGCUGACAUUUGUAUGAGUUCUGCCACAAAGUACAUGAAUGGCCACAGUGAUGUUAUCAUGGGCUUAGUGUCUGUUAAUUCUGAUGACCUCAAUGAUCGACUUCGUUUCCUGCAGAACUCAAUCGGGGCGAUUCCUUCCCCUUUUGAUUGCUACCUCUGCUGCCGGGGCCUGAAGACUCUGCAGGUCCGGAUGGAGAAACACUUCAAGAAUGGGAUGGCAGUGGCCCGUUUCCUGGAGUCAAAUCCCCGGGUAGAAAAGGUUAUUUACCCUGGGCUACCCUCUCACCCUCAGCAUGAGCUGGCCAAGCGCCAGUGCUCAGGCUGCCCGGGGAUGGUCACCUUCUACAUCAAGGGUGCCCUACGGCAUGCUGAGGUUUUCCUCAAGAAUCUGAAGCUGUUUAUUCUGGCUGAGAGCCUGGGAGGCUAUGAGAGUCUGGCCGAGCUUCCAGCAACCAUGACCCAUGCAUCUGUGCCGGAGAAGGACAGAGCUGCCCUUGGGAUCAGUGACACACUGAUCCGACUGUCUGUGGGCCUAGAGGAUGAAAAGGACAUUCUGGAAGACUUGGAUCAAGCUCUGAAGGCAGCGCACCCUUGAGGUUGGAUUGAAGCCGGCAUUCCAGUACUGCCCUCAGGAGCUGCAUCUGGGGGGCUCCGAUCUUCCAAAAUAACUGGAUGGGCCAUUGAGGAGCAUUUGCAGAAUUUCCCAGAGAACAUUUUAAGGCACCCAAUGAAUGACGUUUACAGCUGUAACCUUUUGGGAUUCUUCGCUGUUAAGGACUGUCUUUAGUUUGUAUUCUCCUAACUUGACAGGUUGUCUCUGUCAAUGCCAUUUUGGUUAUUUCACUACAUUUGUAUCCAAGGAAGUGAGAAUUGUGCUGUUUGGGGCACUGUGUUGCUGAUUUUUAUUUUCCUUUUUUCCCACAGCCUAAGAUGUAAUCAUGCUUACAAUGUCAUAAUUUAGUGUUGAUGUUGUAUGAAGUUAAAUGAUUAAAUGAAUGCUCUUAAAUCAACUGUGACUUUUUCCAUCCUGUUGAAAUAUUGAUAGUGAUGAUUUUCAUUUAAUUACCACAAGCCAAAAAUCAAAUAUUUGAAAUGUCAACUGUGAAAUUCUAGCGAUUAAAGGACAUACUUGAUAUUGGUUACUUUUCUCAAAUAAAUCUAAUUAUCAAAUG